GGUAGUCAGCUGCUGGACGUGAUAUUUGACACAGAGGUUACGACUGGCUACCUUUAGUAUAUAUAGACUGCACUCAUUCACAUUUACCGGCGUCAGUCAAGUAUUCAUUCUUGUUCGCGUAAAAUGGCUCGUUUUUUCAUACCCGUUGCAGUUUUCUUUGCUGUACUGGCUGUUACAGCUUCCUCCCCAAAAGACGACAACCCAGCCGGUGUUCCUAAACUUCGAACUGAGAUUAAAGUUGUGGAUAAUAUUAAGAACUUCCGAUCCAGAAAUCCUUUAACUAAGUUGACUCCGCUUUCACGUAGUGCUCAACCUAAAGGACAAACUAUCUACACACUUGGAGGAAGAGUCGGUGGUGAUCGUUUGGCAGCGCAAAGUGGAGACAGUCAACUAUUCGGACCACCUCAGGAUGUUCAAUUGGUCUUGACUUACCCGCAAUCAGGGGUUGGAGCUAUUAUCUCCUACGUAGAAAUUACCUGUGAUCAAAGUUCGAAUCUGGGAGAUGCUUACGUAGUAGAUGGGGGCAUUGGACAGCGCUCUAUCACAAUUGUUGUUGAGGCCCUUCAUACAACAUUCUUCACAUACGUGGCACAAAUUUAUGGAUAUUAAUUAUAAUGACAGUCGUAAGAUAAAUUAUUACAUCUUGAAUAAACGAAAAUGUGAUUUAA